CCGCGUACUAACCACCCAAGUGAUGGCGGCGAUCAUUCCGCCGUUCCGGUUCACGACCGUGGAAACGCGCUUGUACCGAGGAGCAUACCCCACGCUCCCCAACUUCCGCUUCUUGCGCAGGCUGAAGCUGAAGACGCUGGUCAGUGUCAUCCCUGAGCCACCGACCAAGGACUUGGUGGACUUCUGCGCUCAUGAAGGGAUAGUCCAUCACACGUUUCACGCAGAGAAGUACUCCAGUGACUCGGUGACCGUCCCUCCGUCUACAGUGGUUGCCAUCUUGCAUGUACUCUUGAGCAAUGAGAAUCUACCGAUCUACAUUCACUGCCUCGACGGUGCAAAUGUGAUUGGCAUCGUCGUGAUGGUGUUGCGGAAGUUGCAGAAUUGGACCAAGCUCGCAACCCUGCAAGAGUUUUGCCGAUUUACACGGGACCAUUCCGUCGAAAAGGACGAAAGCGAGUUCCUGUCGACGUUUUCAGCAGAAAUCACGGUGCCCCUGCAAGUGCCACGUUGGCUAUGGAAUGGAGUGCGCAUUCAGAAGCACCCCACGAUGAUCAUCACCCACCAGACGACACCCCAACUGACCAAAGACGUGCCCGUGGAAGGAGACAUGCCGAGCACUCUCCCAACCUUUGCGACUCCAGUGGGGACUCAGAACCCCGACACAACGACGUACGAUGGGAUUGUUGGCCAUACAUAUAACCCCUGUCGUAGGAGCUACAUUCCCGACACUGAAAAGUCGGACCCCGCUCGCCCCUUUGACGACCGACGAGAAGAUCCGGUCUUGUCCCAAGAAGAUUUGGACCUCCUGUAUUACCACCAAGAUGGCGCGGACGUGUCCAUCCCACGGUCGUUGUCGGCGCUAGAUUUAGCUGGGGUAUAACCGUGCAAACCUCGAUGGAAACCGUAUGCUGUCUGGCGCGUUGGAGUUCUAGCUCUUCAAUAAUGCAAAUUCAUUGUUUAAAAAUUUC